AUGGCGCCCGGCGACGACGGCCCGCCGCUCUCCCUGCGGCCGCACCCCGUCGCCGACCGCAAGCCCAAGAACCUCGCCGAGUUCAUUGGCCGCGUCAACGCCCAGCCCGGCGGCUUCCGCGCCGUUUCCGAGGACAAGCUGCGCGAGGAGAUCCGCACGCGCGAGGCGAACAAUGCGAAUGGCGAGGCGGCCGACGAGGACGUCGACAUGUCUGAGGGCGGUGAUGAAGAGGACGAGGAUGCGGCUAGGGACCCCCACGAGGCGCGGAUGGAGGUGUUGAAGAAUAUCGACAUCGCAGGGAACACGGCGCUGCUCACCCUCGACUUCCUCUCGCUCCUCCUCUCCAAGCAGAACCCGACGCAGGCAGGCGUCACGCUGUCCCAGAACCUGCGUGACAUGGUUGGAAUUGGCACCAUGGGAGCCGACAAGCUCGACGACUCCAACAUCACCCCGGCCAAGGUCAAGGAGCAGGAGGAGGUGGCCAUUGGCUGGACCCUCAUGGAGAUCAACAAGACGCGUGACGCCGCCGAGGCCGCCAGCUCGUUUCUCCAGCGCGAGAUCGCCGCCGAGGGCAAGUACUGGGAGGAGAUUGUGGCGGUCCAGAAGAGCGGGUGGUCCAUCUCCAAGGUCCCCCAGGAACGACACAGCCUCGGUGUACGAUUUGGCUUCUCAGAAGCUGCCCCAGAGUUCAGGAGUAACGGCCUCGCCCCCAUGCGGCGAGGUGUCGACGGCGCAGUGCAGCUGGACCUUGGCCGACUAGGCGGAGUCUCUGAGCGCCUCGUAGUAACGUACGAAAAGGACGGCCAGGUCACAGGCCGCUCUGCUCUGCCUGCACACACCACCGACGACGCUCCCCUCGAGGCGCGCGUCCUUGAAGCCCGAAACACCAUCUUCUCGCAAGAGCUGUGGCACGAGCUCACGCGAGAGGCUCGGACACUCGCCGCAUACGACGUGCGACCGAACGGGUCCAGCCUCACCUGCGCCCUAGACUCGACGACCAAGGUGACGGUGGAGUUGGUGCCGUUGGGUUCACAGCCGUCUGCAGAUGCGUUACCAGACAACAACAUGGCCGAGACGAUAUCACUCGCGCUGCACAUCCUUCUCAGCUAUGCUCACCGGCACAACGAACUUAUGAGGACUCGACCCAUGCCUGCGCAUAUCACCCGGAACCGCGGCCAACAGACGUCGGCUCUCCUGCGACCCAUCAUCGCACGUCUGAUGCAUAUUCGCAACGUCCACGCUUGCACCGAACACGUCGGCGCUCUUGUUCAGUCUCUGCAAAAGGCCGGAAUGCCCGCCCGUUUCAUCCUCCACACGCCAUCCCAGAGCGACACCUACACCACGGGGCGUGGCCCUAACCAGCCUUCGUCCUCCCAGACACUCAUCCGCAACGUGCUCCAACCCACCGACUUCAACACCAAACUCACUCUCUUCCCGGAUAUCACCUUCACCAUCCGAGGCCGCACGUUCCUCUUCCCCGUUGCCGCCACUUUCUUCUACGUCAUCCUCCCGCCCGCCUCGCCCCUCGCGUCCAUCUGCCCACCCUACAAGGACGGAUAUCAAGACCUCAAGGCCCUCGCCGACUACCUCCGCACCGCAAUCGCGCGCGUCCUGACCGAGCACUUCCUUGACAAGCUUCCUGCCCCUGCCUCUGGCUCUGAAUGGGUCAAGAGCGUCGGCGGCACCUCCAUCGUUGACGUCGAAAGGGAGGACUUCGAACUUCGUUUCGAGGUCGUCAACGUCAACACCGCACCAUCUCUUCUUGUCACAAGUACCUCCCUCGUUGACGGCCGGCCUUCUAGCAGUAAAUGGAUCUGGUCCGCCGACCCUGCCACGACGAGCGAACCCGCCAGUGUGGAAAACAUCGUCGACCUGGCCGUCAACCAGGCGCUCUCUUAG